AUGUCCUCUCCCCCUGCCUCCAAGCGUGCCCGCGCCGCAUCCCCCGUCGACAAGGUUCAAGAUCCUCUCCCUCCCCAAAGACUACUCCCCUCGCCUCGAGCUGCAAUCUCCGCGGCAGACAUCGCCAAGCUUGACCUCCGCUCGGCGCACGCCUUGCUCCUGACCCUGUCGCAAUCCUACCCUGGGAAUGUACCCAUCAUUGCCGACUUCAUUGAUUCGCAACCCCCACCCCCACCGCCCCCACCGCGUCCGGUCGACUACAGCGACCUCCUUGAGUCUGCAACCCGUACAAUCGAUCGCCUGGAUAGCCGAUUGUCGCGGGACGAAAAGUGGGAGGCGGUAGAGUCGGUCUCGGGAGUUGUGAGCAGAGCGGCCCAAGGCAUCGUCAAACGCUGCGGCGCAUCCAAGAAUGAAAAUGCUCGGGAGGACGCAAUCUUGGCGCUGGUGGAGUUGACGGAGGUAUUGGAGGAGUGCAACGAGGACGUGCUCGAGGAGUUGAUGGAGAUAUUCGACGAGAUGGUGGAAACUCCGAUGGCUCAGGUUAUGGCGAUGAUGCGGGAUAGGGGAGACGAUCUCUUUGUAGCGCUGGAGGCGAUCAAGCGGCUAGACUCGGAGUCUUCAAGGUUCCAAUCUUACUUUGAGGGACUGGUGGAAGAGUAUGAAGACCAGCAUGUAGGCUCGGAGAGUGGGGACGGAUCAGUUGAGGAUUUGUAG